AUGGAGACAAAUGGUACACUAUGGUCUGUUAUACUACCUAUAAGUUGGAGUAGGGUCUUCUGGAAUUUUCUGGUCUCCAAAGGGGCCCCUGUGAUAGGGAUGAAAAAACGCUGGAUUGCUGGUGAAAUUGGAUUGCCUUAUUUUCCUUCAGAUUUCCCUGACUGCCAUUCAUACUUAUCCUUAAAUGAAAUUGAAGCUAUUGCCUCUAGGGAAAAUGCAGAGCGGCGUCCUCCAGCUGUACGACCUUUCAGAAUUCCAAUUCCAUCACCUUGGAAUGCUGUACAUGCUGCUUUUGACAAGCUAACCAUGAGGGUAAACAAAGCAGCUCAAGUUUCAAGUGGUGAAAAUAUAGUUGGUACUUCAAGUUGUGAAAGUGAUCAAGGACAUCCAGUGUGCUCACUGACUUCUUGA